AUGAUAAUAAUUACAAUAAUAAUCACAAUGAAUGAUAGAAAUAUAAUCAACAACAAUAAUAAUGAUGAUGUUGGUUUAGUUAACUUGGAUAAAGCUGGUGACUUAAAAUACUUUCAUUAUAGACAUAAAAAAAAAGCUAUGGUUUUUAUUGGUUUUGUGAUUUGUUUGAUAAUACUAAAGAUGACGCUAUCAAUUCAAUCACUUGGCGAAAUUAUAGAAGCUCAUGUGAUAGUUCGUAACCAUCCGAGUUUCAACUCGAACUACUAUACGGUCAAUCGUUUAGGUACUCAGAAGAUAUCAGAUAUGGUGGCAAUUAUGACGAAAAACUUCACAGAUCCCGAUCAAGAGAGUUACUUCCAACCACUCGGUAACAAGAAAGGAUAUACAUUGCCAAAAGGCUAUGGUAUCAGUGUAAAAUAUGAAAACUCUACAUACUACUUUACAGAUUUCACUACCAAUUUUCAGAAUGGAACUUCGAUAGAUGACAUGGGUUUCAUAUCUGCUGCAAUAGUAAAAGACUAUCGUUCGAUUAAAUCAAUACCAUCUGAUGAUCCAAAUGAUUUAAUUAAUCAACCAAUUGUUGCACAGCCAUCAAUCUUUAUGCAAAUAGCAUUGUUUGAAUUAUUAAAUCAUUGGGGUAUCACACCAUCGAUCAUGGUUGGUCAUAGAAAGACAACAAAAUUAAGAAUUAAAUAUAUCUAUAUUAUAUCAUCAAUUUAUAGCAUACAUUUAAAAAUUAAUUAG